UUCUGCGGCAGUAUAAAGAAAAAGCAAACCCUAAACUCCUCCUCCCCGGGCUUCCACCAUGUCCUUCCUCAGGCGCAUUGUCCAAAACCCGACCUUAUCGAAAGCAGUUCCGGUGGGGAAGGCGAUGAUCCCUUUCCCACUGGGAAGAGACCCUUCGUCACUCCCAAAAAUAAAUCCAAACUGCGACGACAUCGACAUGGAUCGCCGCCCAAUAUCUCUGCGCUACCGAGUAACAGCAAUGCUCGGGCUGUCUAAUCUCGACAAAGCCGUCGAGUACUCUCACCACGCUGUCUCUGAAAAGUAUCGUUUCAAAAGAGACACUGUCUUCAUCUGCAAUUCAGUAAUUGGAGCCAUGUGCGACGCAAAACGUUACGAGGAAGCCAUCUCUCUGUUCAACUACUUUUUCAACGAGUCUCAAACACUCCCGAACAUGCUCUCUUGCAAUCUCAUCAUCAAAGCUCACUGCGACCAAGGCUGUCUCGACGACGCUCUUGAUCUUUUCAGUCACAUAGUCAUAGACGGACGUUUGUCUCCAGGGGUGGAUACAUACGUGAUACUCACGAAAGCCUUGGUUGAUGCUAAAAGACUCGACGAAGCUUGCGUUUUAGUGGCGUCCAUGGGGCGUUGUUAUUUCAUGGUCUACGACGUACUCAUUCGAGGGUUGUUGGAUGCAGGGAGAUACGUAAAGGCUAGCCAAAUAAUCGAGGAACUGAAGAGUAAACUCCCAUGGAGAGUAUAUCACAUGGCAAUGGCACUCUAUAAGGUAUCGUUGAUGGAGUAUUGGUUCAAGCAAGGCAAAGAUGAGGAAGCUAUGGAGAUAUACAAGGUUUUGGACAUGUCUGAACAGAUGAACGAUAUUGUCGGAAAUAGGGUUUUGCGAGUUUUGGUCGAGCACGGUAAGAAAACAGAAGCUUGGGAACUGUUCGAUGAGAUUAUAGGAUUCUGCUAUCCCGACACGAUUGGUAUAGUGAUGAAGUCUUUUAGUGAUGAAAAGACUAUACCGUUGUCGUGGGCUAGUGAGACGUGUUAUAGGACGAUCAUCGCGUGUCUAUGCGAACAAGGAAAGAUGUCGGAGGCAGAGGAGUUCUUUGCAAAGAUGUUUUCAAACUGUGAGGAAGAGGAAUUGAUGGUGGGACCUGACGUUUCAACAUUCAGAGCAAUGGUCAAUGGGUACGUUAUGGUUGGGAGAGUGGAUGAUGCUUUCAAGAUGUUGAACAAGAUGAAGAUUUCAAAUUUAAGAAAGCUUGCUAUUCAUCGAGCCACAUAA